GUCUUACAUCCUUGGUGGAUUCUCUCGACCUCUUACAAUAAAAAAUGUAUUUAAAUUAAAAUAAUAAUAAAUUAAUAAUUAUAUUAAAAGUUAUUUAAAAAUUAGGUAUAUAGCUUCAUAAACAUUUUGUGAUAUUUACGUAAAUCAUCCGUAUAUGCUACUCGGAAAAGCCUUCGACACAAACCCGGGGCAUGCUUGGUCGUCGGAGCUGGAGGUGGCAGAAGUUAGUCCUUUUACGGAGCCAAAGCUUCUUCUCUUCGAUGGCUGGGGUCGCUGUUGCUCCGAAACGGCUUAGGGUUUCGUCCUUCUCCACAAGCUCCUCAAACCCUAGCAUUGUCAGGAGGGUAGGGACUCACAAUGGCAGCUUUCACUGCGACGAAGCCCUCGGCUGUUUUAUGAUCCGCCUCACCGAUAAGUUCGCCGGCGCAGAGAUCAUCCGCACCAGAGAUGCUCAGCAACUUGAGACAUUGGAUGCUGUACUUGAUGUUGGAGGUGUGUAUGAUCCUAGCCAUGAUCGAUAUGAUCACCAUCAGAAAGGGUUCAAUGAGGUUUUUGGGCAUGGAUUCAACACCAAACUUAGUAGUGCUGGGCUGGUCUACAAGCACUAUGGUAUUAUUUCCAAGGAGCUUCAACUUGAUGAGACACACCAAGACGUACUACGACUAUAUCUAGCUAUAUACAAAAGCUUUGUUGAGGCCAUUGAUGCUAUUGAUAAUGGAAUUAGUCGGUAUGACACAGAUCAGCCUCCAAGAUAUUUGAACAACACACAUCUGUCUGCACGGAUUGGUCGACUAAAUUUGGAUUGGAUGGAUCCUGAUCAAUCUUCUGAGAAGGAAAAUACAGCCUUUGAGCAGGCAAUGAUGCUUGCUGGAAAUGAGUUUUUGGAGAGAGUUCGUUAUCAUGCAAAUUCAUGGUUACCAGCAAGGUCCAUUGUUAUUGAAUGCAUAGAAUCCAGAAGAAAUAUUGAUCCAAGUGGAGAAAUUAUUGUUCUUAGCAAAUUUUGCCCUUGGAAGCUUCAUUUAUUUGAGCUUGAAGAAGAGCUAAAGAUUGAACCUACCAUCAAAUAUGUUCUUUAUCAGGAUGAUCGGAGUGAAAGUUGGAGGAUACAGGCUGUGGCAGUAUCCUUAGAUAAGUUUGAAAGCCGAAAGCCGCUUCCAUUGCCAUGGAGGGGCCUGAGAGAUGAAGAUCUUUCCAAGGAGUCAGGGAUUCCUGGAUGUGUAUUUGUCCACAUGAGUGGAUUUAUUGGAGGCAAUCAGACUUACGAAGGUGCCUCAGCCAUGGCUACAGCUGCACUUAGUUUUCCAUCUGAGGAGUAAUUCAAUCAGACCUGGUUAGCUUAUAUGGAAUUACCAGACUUUUCUAGUUAUUUAUAAAAGCAUUGGCAAUCAGAACAGAAGUUUACUGUUGGUUUUAGAGAAUUUAAGAGAAAAACAAAAGAAUGGCCUGCGGACAUUUGAAUUAAUCUUUUAAUAGGAGGAAACGAUUAGCUUGGAGAAACAGGAGCAAAA